AUGCCCAGCGUGUUCGAUUACUUCGAGGCGGCGGCGAGGGGCGAUGGCGAGGGGGCCGUUCCUCUGCCGCCGCUGGCGCACCAGCCCUCUGGGCCGAUCGGGCCGCACUUGAGUUGGAGCGCUUGCUCGGCUGCGACUGGCCGACCCGCGGGCCCCGACGGCCAGGUUCGUGAUCUCCUCUCGAUCCUCCAGGCCGGCGAGGCCUGCGGCAUCCAGCUCCUCGACGCCCCUGCCCCCCUUGCCCCGCGAGCUGAGGCGGGCGCCGUGGCCGGCGGCAGGGCUUCGUGGAGGGGUUGGCUUCGCGAAGGUUUCGGCUCUGGAGGCAAGCGGGCCCUCUUGGCCACCUGGGGCCCCGGGGCCUGGAAGGCCGCCGCUACCCUCGUCAGCCGCGGCGGGAUUCGCGCGGACCAUCGCUCCUUGCUUCGGGCGGGGGGCUUCAAGUUCAGCAAGCUUUGGGGCCCUGGCGAGGGCCCAGAUGCAAGCCCCGCGGCAGUCAUCGAAGCCCUGCUUCAGCUGGCCCCCGACGAGACGCGCGGGCUCAGCCGCGCGCACAGGAAGGCCAGCGCCGCAUCCGCCGCCCAGGCCGAGGCUGUGGCCGCCCCCAAUCUCGCGCCAGCGGCCCUUUUCGGGGGCAUGAAGAAGAGUGCCGCCCAGCAGCUCGAGCUGCAGUUUGGCGACGCGGCUGGUGCCUCUGCUCUGUCCGUGGUCAACGUAGGCGUGGACCACGCCGCCAGCCGCGCUUUGCGCGCUUGCGGGGCAGGCAAAGGGAAGCACUGCAAGUUUAAGGGGCGUCAGGCACUUGCUAGGCGGUGCUGGGAUAUCAUUCUUCGUGAGAAGUUCCGUUCUUCUAAGAUCAGCGAUAAGGAUAAAUCCACCAUGAGGGCCGUCGCCAGCAACGCCAUCUGGACCAGCGCGGCCGCCAAGAAUACUGUCUACGACGUUUCUCCUAACUGCGAGCUGUGCGGUCAGCACGACGACUCGCUCUGGCACAGCCUCUGGCAGUGUUCUGCUUGCGCCGAGGAGCGCGCGCGUCUCGUCCCAGAAGACAUCCUUGACCUCGCUAUGGACAGAAAGACUGACAACUAUGAGUAUACCCUCUUCGUGCAUGGAGCCUUGAGGCGACUGUUCAUGAGUCGGGCCACGCUGGAGGCGAAGAGGAACGCCGCCAGAGCCGUGGCCGCGCGGGUGGCGGCCGAGGCCGCUGAGCGGCAAGGGGCGGCCGCGGAGGCCCAGGAGCCGCCGGAGGCGGAGGAGGAGGGCGCGCCGCGGGCGCCGGGGCCGGCGCCCGCCGGGCCGAGCAGCGCGUGGCCGAGCGGGCCGGCGUUUUCGGCGGGCGGGCGGAAGGCGCGCCCUGGCAAGAAGCGGCCCAGGAAGUCGUCCCGGCAGAUGCCCGACGUGCUGCUGCGCAGCAAGUUGAUGCCUUGCGCCGCACACUUGCGAGGAAGCUGCAUGUUCGGGGCUCGGUGCGCGAUGGCGCACAGCCUGAAGGAGGUGCACACGGCCAGAGAGCCGUUGCUGAAGAUAGUCCGCAAGGCGGCGGCCGCGGCACCGUCGGCCUCGGAGGGCAGCGAGGGGUACUCCGACUCCUCGUCGCUGCCCGAGAAGGCCGACCGCGGGGCAGGCGCGCGGGCGCCAGCCGACCGCGGCGGCGCGGCGUGA